AUGCUGCAAUCGCACAGCUCAGCACCGCAAAGCACGAAGCCGGCUUUCUUGCAAAGUGGCAUGUCGCUGGCGGAGCUUCCAAAUGAUGCGACCUGCAAGAAGAAGUUCACUGACAACAAGGUUUGCAAGACCACGAGCGGCGUAGAUUGCACGCACACCCAGCUGGAGACCAAAGUUGGCAAGUGCUGGUUCUCAGAAACCUCAGGGCGGAACCCAUGCAAGCCAUACCCAGUCUCAGGAACAUGGACCACGGCCAAGGUUGAUUUCGAGCCAGAUGAAGCUGGCGUCUGCUUCGAUGUUCCAAUGGGCAUUUGCCCCGUGCAGAUUUGCGUCAAGAGCGGGAGCCCCAACAGCGGGGCUGGUCGUUUCUGCUACUCCGGGAAGCAGACAUGUGGCACAAACGGCGGUCCUUCGAAUGGCAAGGUGGACCAGACGUUUUGCACCAAAUGGACGGCUCCGGACAAGUUCUGUGUCGUAAGCUUGGCAACCAACAACAACAAUCCCAACAACAUCCAAGACCUCAGCAACUUUGCUAUUCAGUUCGGCUGCUGCGAUGGGAGUGGAGGUGUAGUGGGAGAUCCGCACAUCCACACCUUGGACGGAAACGAGUUCGACCUCUACGACAAAGGAACUUACUCUGUGUUCCACUACGGCGGUACCGUGGCUGCCCACAGAGGUGUGCGUUUCCUUUCUUUUUGA